GAACCGGACAUCACAGCAGCAGAAUCAUGAAGGCGCUGAGUGUCCUACACCGGGCAGCGAACACCCUGCUCAGCCAGCCCUGUGACCGGGGAACUCUGCUGACACGGUGUGGGAUGUGCGGCACCUCGACGUUAAAUAGCAAGAUCCAGCCAGGGUUCGGUCUGCUGUUUGACAUCGAUGGGGUGCUGGUCCGGGGGAAGACUCCUAUUCCAGCCGCUAAAAAGGCCUUUCAGAAGUUGGUGGACUCCAGAGGACAGUUCUUGGUUCCUGUGGUGUUUGUCACCAACGCUGGAAACUGUCUCCGUCAGAAGAAGGCUGAUCAACUGUCUCACAUACUGGGAGUGCCUAUCUCCCAGGACCAGGUGAUGCUGUCUCACAGUCCUCUCAGGAUGUUCAGGAAGUACCAUGAUAAAUGUGUUCUGGUGUCGGGACAAGGACCUGUACUGGACAUCGCUAAGAAUCUGGGCUUCCAGAAUGUGGUGAGCAUCGACAUGUUGAGGGAAUACUUCCCCCUGCUGGACAUGGUGGACCACAACAGACGACCCAAACUACUGGCUUCACCUAUUGUUAACCUCCCUAUAGUUCAAGCGGUCAUCCUGUUUGGCGAGCCAAUCCGAUGGGAGACCAACCUGCAGCUGAUCAUUGACGUGUUGCUGACCAAUGGGAGCCUGGGUAACGCCCAUGAGACACGUCACUCCGCCCACCUGCCACUGCUGGCCUGUAACAUGGACCUGAUGUGGAUGGCCGAGGCCCAGUCUCCACGGUUUGGCCACGGGAUGUUCCUUGUGUGUCUGGAGAACAUCUACAGGAAGAUAACGGGUCAGGAGCUGAAGUAUGAAGCUCUGAUGGGGAAACCUUCUGAACUAACAUAUCACUUCGCUGAGUACCUCAUCAGGGAGCAGGCUGCAGAGAGAGGCUGGAGGACCCCCAUCAGAACACUUUACGCUAUCGGAGACAACCUGAUGACAGAUAUCUAUGGAGCCAACCUGUAUAACCGCUACCUGGAGGAGAGGGGCCGUACCAGGCAGACUGCUGCCCAAGUAGUGCAGGCCACGGUGGGGGGUACAGGGGGCGGGGGGUCCCCUAAAGCCCUUCUCCAGGACCAGGACAUGGAGACGGCCUGGGAGAGCGAGCUGGCCUCCCCCUCCGCCACCUCCUGUAAGUCCCUGCUGGUGUGUACCGGUGUCUAUAACCCCCACAGCGAGGUGCCAGCCGACGCCAGCUGCAGUAUCACCGAGACUGUGUUCCAUGGCCACCGGGACUUCCGCUUCGACCCGGCCCUGAUGGAACCGGGACACAUCGUACAGGAUGUAAACAACGCCGUGGAACUCAUCUGUCAACAGGAGAACUUUGUCUCCACUAGGCAUUGACCUGAAGAAAAGCAUUAGAGUUCUAUAACUUUGUAUCUGUAAGUCCAAAAUUACCCUAUUCCCUAUGUAGUUCAAAAGAUAGGGAAUAUGGUGCCAUUUCAUACGCUACCGAUCAAAAG